GAAGAAACCCAUCCCAGGCAUCCAGAGACUACUAUUCUCCUCCUGUUUUCAAGAUCAACUCCUUCGGUUCGAUUUACCCAGAAAAAAAAAAAGAAAAGGCCUAUUGUCUGUCUUACUCUUAACUAUACCAUGGUCCAUAUGUGUACAGUCUCAAUUCCCACAUGUCCAUAUUUCUAAGCCUCUCAAACACGUACCCACCGUACAAAAUCCAAGUGUCAUUUUCUCCUGCCUCCUUGUUUCAUGUUGCCUCUCUCUCAUUGGUCAAUUCCAACCCUUAUAAAUCUCACCCCCCCACCUCCCCCAAAACCCACUUCCUUCUUCUUCUUCGGUUGCUCUGCAUUUUUUUCACUCUCGCAAAAUAGUUCUUGCCUCCAUUGCUCUCCUAUCUUCCUAACCGGAGUGAAGAAAAUAAGUUAGCAAAUUAGCACCAAAUUCCAACCAUGAUCAAGACUCUCAAUCCUUACUCCAACACAGCGAAAACUGCUGAGAUUAUGUCUAGGUACAGACCCAUAGCUCCGAAACCAGAGCAACCCACAAAUCCUUCCGACGACAACUCUUCCGUGUCGCAGAAGAUCAGAGAAUCUCCUUACCUGAGAAAUCUAUGGCCACAACUGCAGGCCAGGCCCACCAGAACAAGAAAAAGAGGUAGAGCCGCCAUAUCACCACCCACUCUCAAACGACAGAGGAGCCAUGUCCUCGGACUUUCUCCUCCUUGUCAUGUCACUGCUUCCGCCAACAAUCUUUCCUUGCAGGGCUUCGCUCGCCGCCGUCCACAGCUUCCCAUUCCAAACUCCGUCGCUGAAGCUACCGCACCAACCAGCAAUUUGGUGACUCUGCCUCUCCUUCCUCCUAAUUCGGUCCCCAUUGGUGCUAACCAAGCGGUGCUACAGGAACUUGACCUCUUGAAACCCUGUAGAGAAGAAAACCUUUUAGAUUUGAACACCAGCUUUGCCGAAAUCCCAGAGGAGAAGGAUCUUUUGGGUAAAUUACAAGAAUCUCCUUCCACAAACACCUUCAAUGUCAUAGCUCCUCAGCCGGUUCGACCGGUAGGCUCAAGCAUACGCGUUGGGCGUAUCAGUGAGGACCCAAAUUUGGCCUUGGCUACGAAAGGUUGUCGUCCUAAAAAACCAGAGGAGGUCGAAGAGGAAGUCGAGUCGGAAUCGCUGCCGGUGGUGAUAUCGGAUUCGAACAACAAGGUUAGGAUGGUGAAUUCUGCUUACAAGGAGAUGGUGGGCCAGCCUGAAUGUUCGUGGCUUGAUUCGAUGGUGAAUAGCAGUGAUGGUAAGGUAGGUGGGAGCUCAUGCAAGAGAAUCAGUGGGGAGGUAGUUCUUCAACUCUGUGAUUCCAGGAUGCCGAUUUCUUCAAAUGGGUUUUCAUGCUGGGUGAGAAUCGAGUGGGGAAGUGAAAGGAAUAAGAACUCCGUCAAUGCUUUCUGCGAUGUGAUCAGGUUGUCCUGCGAGUCCAAAGACUACCUCUUCACAUGGAGGUUCCACACCCAUACCAGAGAGGCUUCUCAAUCAAGUUGUAAUAUUUGAUAAUAUUUGUGCUGUACAUAUUAUUAGACUUCUCUUUACUACAAAUAUCAAAGUAAUGUAUAUUGA